GUGAGUGGAUUGGAACACAGCCUGUGUUUAGUAUUCAAACCUAAUACUUCAAACUUGUGCGUGUUUUUUUUACUGAAAAUAUCAUUUCUUUUAUAGCUUAGUGCAAAUAAAUAAGUGCAGGAAUUUUAAAUAUAUAUAUUCUUAUACACGAUUUAUUCUAAAUAGAAGUCCUCACAAUGGAGGUAUUGGCACAGCUCUGUCGACGCAAAGCAUGUACACUGAUGCCCAGCUUACUGAGCCAAGCAUGCAGAAGGAGUCACCACUGCCAUCCACAAGCAUCACAGUGUUCUGCUCGCAUUUCCUCCAAACCACUGACUCCAAUACCUUUGGUAUCAAGGCUGUUCCAGCCCUCGAACCUCCGUGAAGGCCAGGAUAUGGGGGAUAUGACGUGUCGCAGCCAGAGGCUGAUGCUGAAGGCUGGCCUUAUUCACAGCUCCAACUCAGGCUGCUUUUACUACCUUCCUACUGCCCUGCGCUCCAUGGAGAAGCUAGUGAGACUCAUUGAUGAGGAAAUGCAAGCUAUUGGUGGGCAGAAAGUGGACAUGCCAGCUCUGUGUGGAGCCGAGCUCUGGAAACGGAGCGGGCGCUGGGAGCUCAUGGGGAAGGAGAUGUUCAGACUGCGGGAUCGACACAAUGCUGAGUACUGUCUCGGCCCGACGCACGAGGAGGCAGUGACGGAUCUGCUGGCGUCUCAGAGUAUGUUGUCUUAUAAACAGCUGCCACUGCUGCUUUAUCAGGUCACCCGGAAAUUCCGUGAUGAACAGAAACCAAAGUUCGGAUUGCUCCGGGGCCGAGAGUUCUACAUGAAAGAUAUGUACUCCUUCGACGUCAGCGAGGAAGCUGCUCUGCACACCUACCGCUCCGUGUGCCAUGCCUACGCUUGCCUGUUUGACCGUCUUGGGCUGAAGUUUGUACAGGUGCAGGCUGCUACUGGUAAUAUCGGAGGAACGCUCUCACAUGAGUUUCAUCUGCCAGCUGAUAUAGGAGAAGACCGUCUGCUUAUGUGUGGGAACUGUGGCUUCUCUGCUAACUUUGAAACAGUGGAAGCGGGUCAGACUGACUGUCCUCAGUGCCACACAUCUCAUCUCACCGAGUCAAAAGGCAUUGAACUGGGACAUACUUUUUAUCUCGGAACAAAAUAUUCCAAAGUGUUUAAUGCCACGUUUGUUAAUGCUCAGAACAAGCCUUCAUUGACCGAGAUGGGCUGUUUUGGUCUAGGUGUUAAUCGCAUCCUUGCUGCAUCCAUUGAGGUGCUCUCCUCUGAGGACUACAUUCGCUGGCCUGGGAUUCUUGCACCUUAUCAAGUGUGCAUCCUUCCCCCUAAAAAGGGCAGCAAAGCCAGUGAAGCAGUCCACUUGGCAGAGGAACUUGCACAAAGCUUAGGAAACAGCUUACCAAAUCUAAAAGGAGAGGUGGUUCUGGAUGACAGAACCCACUUGACCAUUGGGAAGCGGAUAAAAGAUGCUAACAUGCUGGGUUACCCGUAUGUGGUGGUGGUUGGGCAUAAGGCCAUGGAGGAGCAGCCUGUGUUUGAGGUGGUGUGUCAGAGUAGUGGGGAGACCAUGUUCCUCAGUAAAGACGCCCUGAUGCACUUUUUGACUGGAGUCGAGACAGUCUAACAAUAUUGAAUUCUCUACAGUUUCAAGCUUUUCAUGCGUCAAGCACGAGCUGAAUCGUGUGCUGGGAAUAUCUAAAGCUCUGCAGGGAAGUGGGCCUCCAGGACUAGAGUGAAGAAACUGUGAUAUAUAUGAGCUACAUUGGGAUGUGUAACUUCAUAAGAUCUGAAACACAAGAGAGUGUUUAAUACAGAGAAGGUGUUUUUUUGGUAUUGAUAUGGCAGAAUGCAUCAACAUGUAUCACUUCUACUGAUAAUGAUCUUCUUUUAAUAAAGGCGAUCUGUUUAUACUGAAAAAAUAUA